AUGUCAGAAAACGGCUUUGCUGUAGUUUUUGACGCUAGCACUGGUGAAUACUUGGCUCUACCCAAUAAAGAAACGUUGGACGACGCCCCAGAAGGAACGGUCUUCGAUUUCGAAGGACGCACUGUAGAGGUCGCAGCUCUUUGUGGAAGCAUCCUCGAAGCACGCCUCCUAUCAAGCGACUUACAAGCUAAUUUAAUGAACGGACAACGUGCCGAGAGGAGCAAGUCUGUGGAGAUACUCAAUGUAGACACUUCUGAUAGUACUACGGAGCUCCGUGAUCCAUCCAAUGAAGAAAGCGACCUCAACAGUGUUCGCACUUUGUCUUACAUAGGCGAGGGCACUCCAGAAUCUAGACAUGAUCAGGAGGAUCCCACCUAUGAUCGCUACCGUCAAGAAAGCAUCGAACCGCCUAUUAAUUUCGACUCAGUCGGAGUAGUACGAGAUGUUCUUCAAAACCUUCUCAGUGAAAUGUCAGACGAUGUGUCUAGGAUAAACAGACGCUUCCAAGAAAUCCGUCAAAUUUUGGUUCGCUAUUACGGAACAACCCCAGAUGGAGCAGUAGUUAAUAAUUUCGAUGAAUUCCCAGAAACUUUAGCAUUGGUUGGAGAUUUGAGUCCUUCACGCAGUUUGUUAACGAAACGAGAUCACUCAGUGCGCUAUGUUCCACGCCCAAAUUAUUUCGAUAAGCUAGUGUUACUGGAGCGCAAAAAGAAAGCAGCAAAAAGAGCGUUCGAUGCUGAUGAAUACAUGGACGAUCAACCCCCCAGAAAGCGUGACUUUGGAAGAGCUGGAUCAGUUUUAACACAUCCAUUUUUGGAUGAAGAGAUUGAAGAGCGCAUCUUCUACGAAGCACAAGGUAGUUUCGCUGUGUAUGCUCAGAAACUCAGUAAAGAACUUUUCGCAGACACUCUACAUUUGUAUUUCAAGGACCAAUGCUCCAAAAAACGUAAUUGGUUUCAUGAAGCCGUCGACUAUCGUUUCCCAUCUGAAGAUCGGGCAGCACAUCUGCAGAAAUGGAAGAAUUGUUCCUAUUACAUCAAUAAGAAUAUGACUACAGCUACCAAGAAAGACAAGCCAGUCAGUAAAGCUGAAAUUAACUAUAAGUACUUGAACGCAGCUAUCGAGAAGUCUUGUCACGACAAGAGUAACAAGGAUCCUAUUAAGUACGCUGAACUUAUGGCCCUUUACCUCUUCUCUGACUCUUUACAAAAGUUUUUCAAAGAACAGGAUCCUAAGAGAAAAGACUGGCUCAGACACUGUGUGGAUACUCGUUUUCCUAUGAACGACAAACUGAAAAGAGAUCAACGAUGGAAAGUAUGUGCUGUUGCUUGUAAUAGAAACCGAACCAAAGUCGUCAACUCCGAUGGAUCUGAAACUCAAUAUCCUUAUUUCCCCAAAGAGUAUGAAGAAGAGAGCUUCCGAAGCAGUAGUGGAUCAGCUGCGGUAUAUUGUGAGCUCAUAUGUGAACGUCUUUUCCCAGAAUCACAACAUUUAUUCUUCAAGGAUAGAGAUCUAGGAAAGCGUAAUUGGUUACAUGACCUUCUGGACUCUCGCUUCCCAACGCCUGAUAAAACUGCUCAUAUCGCUAAAUGGAAAAACUGCACUUCAAACAUUAACAAAAAUGUUCCCGCUGCUCAAUUGGAAUUGGAAAAACGGCAGGAGAAAAAAAACAACCCAAAAGUUAAAAGCGACACGAAGCCCAAGUAUCCCACGGAACUAAUCGUCCCUUCAAGCUCAGCUAGCUCAGGAGAGCGCUCAUCGUCGCGUUCAAGUAAACGAGCUCAAAAGGGAGAGAUGAUUCCGAACUUUCCGCCUGAAAUGAAUAUUAAUGAAGACGAAGAACAGGAAUGCUGGGAUUUCUCUAAAGGAAACAUUCAAGUCUAUGCCCGUAAUAUCGGGCGUGCUGUUUUUAAAGACUCGCUCAAGUUAAGCUUCAAGGAUCAAGACGAAAGCAAGAAAAAAUGGAUACAAGAAACUAUUCAGUAUCGUUUUCCAAACACUAACGUGGAGCCAGAAAGCCGGCAAUGGCGAGUAGUGGUUGCUUCUAUAAACAAGAACGCCAGUUUGAGAUGA